UUGAAAUGAACCACUUGCUUUCUUUCAACAUACUAACCACUGUGCAGUGUGCGCAUCGCUCUAAAAAAUAAAAUUGAACAGUACUGUAGCGCUUUGAAGUAUGUGUUCGUUUAAUGGAAACCUAUGAGGAAUCUGACCAAGGACCAUGCUAAAGAUAUUGGCUCUAGACUAAAGGUUGGCCAUUACCAAACCUGGAAAAAAAAUAAAAGACUGCUAAAGACAGAUUGUAUACAAUCAUGGAUAUUCACAUUAUCAAACAGGCUAGUGGUGUCUUAUUUUGUGGAAACCACAAUUUCCCAAGACCCAAAAGCAGUGAUCAUCAUCAAAAAGCCCAAGAAGAGUACGAUUUGUCUUCAGCUAACAAAGUGCAGCCUGCCGUAGGAGUGCUUGAUCCACUUCUCCAUGAAUGAGUCACUGAAUUGGUUCUGAUCCACCCACCACAGACUAGUUUAGGUUUGCCACAAAAAGAUAUCAGAAACAGUGGAAUUAAUUAUUCAUCUUCAAGAAUUAAAGACUUUAAAGCCUACGUGCAAGAACCAGCCAUUUAACCUUGAACACAUCCUUUUCCAGCUUCCUUUCUCUGACAGAAACACUUCCCCCUAUCACACAUACAACCUCUCAGUCAUCAGUCACUCUCACUUCCUUCCUUUUACACACUCAUUUAAGCAUACUUUCUUCUAAAGUUAAAAAAGCACUUUUUAUAAUAUUGCAAUAUAUAUAGUUUCUCCUACACUAUCAAAAUAAGGCACAAGAGCAAACACUGAUUUCACAAUGGUUAAGGACUCAAGAACAGUUGUGAUUUGCCAAAAAAUAAUAAUGGACACCCCCUAGAAAUAAAAAAAUACUAAUUUCUUCAUUUCUAUGAGCUGUUGAAUUAAUUUUUGACUCAGUUAUAUAUAUACCCUCAUUUUUUAAAAUGUACGACAGACUGAAUGCACUCACUGUAACCUUAAAGCCCCAGUGACAUGCCUAUAAAUGUUUUAAAAUAGAGAUUGUAAUAAAAAAAUACAUAUAACAGUAUUCACUCCAAUUUCUAUAGGAAAAAAUAAAUAUGAGCAUAGAGCACGUCAUCCAUGCGCAAAGUUGCAGAUGUCUCAUUCGACAUCCAAGUGGUCGGCAUAUUGGCUGCAUCUUCUGUCCGCAACGUCACACUGGGACAUUCACCAUUGAAAAUACGCUGUGCCACCUACUAUGGGAGAUGAGCAAACCCCUUCUGACAUGGAGCUGUUUUCGAAGAAGAGAAAAUCUCGCAACCGAGAGAAGUGACCGGGUCAAUAUUACCCGAUCGUUUUGAGUCAUAUUUAGAUAAAAUGCGGAUCACGGCCAAACUGCAUGCAGAAAAAUCUACAUCCCCACCUGAUCCACCUCUACGCGGCGGUGAUGACGUCGUCCGCGUGCAACGACGCCGCCGCGGCCAAACCACCUCCCCGUCCGAUCUACCUCAGCAGCGGCGAUGAGCGUCGCGACGAGCCACCCCACCGAAGGCGUGUUGACAAGGCAGGUGGCAAUCCACAAGGUCUGCAGAGGCUGUCCUUCAGCGGCUGCUGCACGGAAGCCCUCUGAUGCGCACAUUGACACAUUUAGCACCCCUGAUUUACGGAUUACGUCCCGUCCCCCCGAAACUAUUGUUUUGGUUUUUUUUUUAGUAGCAGUAUACACACCUUCCUGUCAUUUGGAACCCACGAAGCUCUCGUCCUUUGCACCUGUGCAAUCCAUUUUUCACGACGAACCGGGUCUUUUUGAAAAGUAUGAGGCACGAAUCCAUCCUCCUGAGUGUUCGAGCAAUAUCCAGCAAUACAACAAGCCGGCAUUCUGGCUAACACGAAGGAACAACGAGCUACCUUCCAGCAGGUAAAACGAGUAUAAAUAGACAAGAGUGCGCUACUCCCUGUGCGUCACUUUCCGCUUCUUCUUGAAAACAAAUCCCUCGAGAAGAUUUUCAUGGCUGGAGUUACAAAAAAGCCAUGUAUGUCAAAAUCAUGUUUUGCGGUGAAAAAAUCGGAUGGGUCCAUACCGGUUGCCGUUUCUUCAUUAAUAACAUACGAAAAAUCAUGCAUUUCAUGACAGUGGACAUUUUAUGUUGCAUGUUUUCGGGAUGCGGGAGGAAACCAGAGUGCCCAGAGAAAACCCACGCAGGCACGGGGAGAACAUGAAAACUCCACACAGUGAUAGAUGCAUCCCACUUCCUGGUAGGCAAAGUGUCGCACUCAUAACUUGCAAGGUACACUUCGAGGCCUUAUCAGGUGUGGUCAAGCAAGAAAGGAUCGUUCAGAGAUGCUGGGGAGACAAGACAAUUUUCUUGGACUGCAGCCGAAGACAAAAUGCCUGGGAUUUGGGGAUAAACUGGAAUGGUCACAGGACCCCCAUGUCCUCCACAGCUGUUCAUGCUCCUCUACAGAAGAUGAGACAUCGCAGAAUAUAAGUAGAGACCAUAAGAGUACCAGAAUGAAGAAUCACUGGCCAUCUGGAAGAGUGGGGGAUAUUGACUUUAUUGGGGCCUCCAAAACAAAGGGAAAGUUUAUGAGGGUGAAGAGCAAUACUGACCCAGCGCACAUCUUCCAGAUGCUAACAGAGGAGUGGGGACUUGCUCCUCCACACCUGGUAGUUGCACUAGUGGGAGGAGAUGAGUUGGCUCAAAUGAAGCCUUGGCUCAGGGACACACUCAGAAAAGGUCUUGUGAAAGCUGCACAAAGCACAGGGGCAUGGAUUUUGACUAAUGGUCUUCGAUUUGGCAUUACCAAGCACCUGGGUCAAGCGGUACGAGAUCACUCCUUAGCUAGCACUUCUACAAAAGUUCGUGUUGUGGCCAUUGGCAUUGCACCCUGGAACAUGAUCCACAACCGAGAGUCACUACUCAGCGCCAAGUUGGGUGGGCCAGCAGUAUACAAGCCACAGGACUUGCCCCAUGGGUCAGUUUAUUCCCUUGACAGCCACCACUCCUAUUUUGUACUUGUGGAGGAUGAUCCAAACAGACCCGACACCACUGGUGAAAUGAGAGUAAAGCUGCUCAAGCACAUCUCUCUUCAGCGCACAGGAUAUGGAGGUGCAGGAAGCUUUGAGAUCCCCGUUCUAUGUCUAUUGGUCCAUGGCGAACCUCGGAUCCUAAAGCGGAUCUGUAAAGGCAUUGACAAUUCGACACCGUGGCUUAUUCUAGCUGGCUCAGGAGGAGUGGCUGACAUCCUCGUCACACUUGUGAACAGGGGCUGCUGGGAUAAAGACAGUGUUCACGAACUGCUGCUGGACACCUUUCCGAACGCCUACUACAGCACGGCCAUAAGAAACUGGGUCAAGCUGAUCCAGAAAAUACUGGAUCAUGGUCAUCUCCUCACGGUCCAUGACCCAGAACAAGAGAGCUCUGAGCUGGACACGGUCAUCCUCAAAGCUCUCGUCAAAGCUUGCAAGAGUCAAAGUCAGGAAGCCCAAGACUUUCUUGAUGAGUUGAAGUUGGCUGUAGCGUGGAACCGAGUGGACAUUGCCAAGAGUGACAUCUUCAGUGGAGAUGUUCAGUGGAAGGCAUGCGACCUUGAAGAAGUGAUGAUGGAUGCGCUCAUCAACGAUAAGCCAGACUUUGUACGUCUCUUUGUUGACAACGGCGUUAACCUGGGCGAGUUCCUCACCUACGGACGUCUGCAAGAACUUUACUCGUCCGUGUCGGAGAAGAGUCUCCUGCAUAACCUACUUCUCAAAAAAUAUGAGGAGAAGCAGCAUUUGCUUGGCAAUGCAAGGACACCUGGGCCUCUUGGGCAGCACACAUCUGAACAGGGGGAAAGGAAGCCCCGUUUCACUCUUUAUGAGGUUGCCAAAGUGCUCAAAGACUUUCUUCAUGACUCCUGCAAAGGCUUUUACCAAAAAAGUCCCACAGAAAAGCCAGCUAAGGGUCGAUUGUUCCACAGCCAGAAGAACCUGGCUGAAUUGGAAGAAUGUUGCCAACAUCCUUGGAGGGAUCUUUUCCUCUGGGCCAUCCUUCAGAACCGACAGCAGAUGGCUAACUACUUUUGGGCCAUGGGCCCUGAGGCAGUAGCAGCAGCAUUGGCAGGGUGUAAGAUUCUGAAAGAGAUGGCAAGACUUGAGUCUGAGGCUGAGUCAGCCCGUAGCAUGAAGGAGGCCAAAUACGAACAGUUUGCCCUUGAUGUGUUUGGAGAGUGUUAUUCAAACAGUGAAGACAGAGCUUAUGCAUUGUUAGUAAGGAGAACACAGUGUUGGAGCAAAUCUACGGUCCUCAACCUGGCAACUGAGGCUGAUGCCAAGUCUUUCUUUGCUCAGGAUGGCGUUCAGGCUCUCCUGACAAAGAUAUGGUGGGGAGCAAUGACAACAGACACAGCCAUCUCCAAGCUUGUUGUGUCUUUCUUCUGUCCACCUCUCAUUUGGACUAACCUUAUCAAGUUCUGUGAUGAAGAGAUGGAUAAUCAGAACAGUGAAGAACCCUAUGUGGAUUUGGACAGUUUGGACACAGAAAAAGUUUUACUGUUAAGUGAUGAAGAUGGCCCAACGGACUCUUUACCUGGUGCUCCAGCAGAUCAGAGCUGCGCAUCAGUUUGGUGGCGUUUCUUACUUUGUCGCUGGCGUCGCUUCUGGAGUGCUCCUGUAACUGUGUUCCUUGGUAACGUCAUCAUGUAUUUUGCCUUCCUGUUCCUCUUCACCUAUGUGCUACUGCUGGACUUUCUUCCACCACCCCCCAUUGGUCCUGGAGUCCCAGAGAUAAUGCUAUACUUCUGGGUUUUCACUUUGGUUCUGGAAGAACUUCGACAGAGCUUCUUUUCAGAUGAAGAGAUGAACAUUUUAAAGAAGUUCAAGCUCUAUGUGGAGGACAACUGGAACAAGUGUGACAUGGUUGCAAUUUCACUUUUUGUAAUUGGAGUUUCAUGCCGGAUGUUUGAUGACACCUACGAGGCAGGAAGGAGUGUUCUGGCAAUAGACUUCAUGGUAUUCACGCUGCGGUUGAUCCACAUCUUUGCCAUUCAUAAGCAGUUGGGGCCGAAGAUCAUUAUUGUGGAAAGAAUGAUGAAGGAUGUCUUUUUCUUCCUCUUCUUCCUGAGUGUGUGGCUCAUUGCAUACGGGGUGGCGACGCAGGCUCUUCUGCACCCUCAUGACCACCGGAUCGACUGGGUGUUCCGCAGAGCCUUGUAUCGUCCCUACCUGCACAUUUUUGGUCAGAUUCCUUUAGAGGAAAUAGAUGCUGCUCGGAUGAUGGAAAUUAACUGCACCAACGACUCAGAGGAGAUUAUCAAGGGCCUACAGCAACCAUGUCCUAAUGUCUAUGCCAACUGGCUGGUGAUUCUCCUUCUGGUCAUCUUCCUUCUUGUGACCAAUGUUCUUCUGCUUAACCUACUUAUUGCCAUGUUUAGCUACACAUUCCAGGUUGUACAGGGCAAUACUGAUAUUUUCUGGAAGUUUCAGAGGUACAACCUGAUCGUUGAGUAUCACAGCCGCCCAGCCCUGGCUCCACCUUUCAUUAUCAUCAGCCACCUCUCCCAGCUUCUCCUCAGUCAGGUCAAACAGCCUGAGUCCAAGCAAGACCAUCUCGAGCGAAAGCUACCAGCUCGGCUUGACCAGAGGCUGAUAACAUGGGAGACUGUACAGAAAGAAAACUACCUGGCCAAACUUGAGCGUCAACAAUGGGAGAGCAGUGAGGAGCGACUAAGGAGUACAUCAUCCAAGGUUCAGAAUAUGCUCAGGAUUAUCAGUGGUGUUAAGGACCAAGACAAACGUCUGGCAACCAUGGAGGCUCAAGUUAGAUACUGUGGCGAGGUGUUGUCUUGGAUGGCAGAAUGCUUUGCUCUGAGCACACUAAAAUGUGGGAAAGAGGCUCCAACUGCACCGAGCUGCAUGGGGAGCAAUGAUGCCCAUCAAAAUCAACUGAAGAUGGAAAACAAAUGCGCAAAAGGUUGUAGUUACAAUGACCAAGAAAGAAAAUAAAACAAUCAAGCUAAUGAAGUGAUGUUAAGAUGGUCAUACUAUGACCAUGUUUUAUCCAUAAUCUUGAAGAUGAUGUACUAUAGGGGACAAAUUGGUACUGACUUUGUUUGAAAUUAUGAAUUUGUGUAGUAAAGUUUUAAAUCAGAGUAUUGUCAACUGAGAUGUCUGCCUGUCUUAGAAGAAGGUAAACGGUGUGUGUGUGUGUAUGAAACAUAAGCAUAUUUUGGGCCCCAAUAAAAAAAUAUAUAUCAUACAAGAACAUUUUAAAUGUCUUACUCGCAUGUGUGCAGUUUAUUGACUGAAAAUGUGGUAACACCCUUCCCUGCGUUUGACUGGUAACUGUUCCAGAGUCAGCUGGAAUAGGCUACUGCUCUAUGUGACCCUGAACAGGAUAGUCAGGAUAUAAAAUGUAUGGAUGGUUCCAGCCAGGUAGAACUAAGUUAACAUUUUGAGAAAUUCAUGAAUGAUUUUGCAAACAAAGUGCUCAUGAACACCUAUGGGUAAUGUACUAAGCUUGUGUGAAGUUCCUUAAAUGAAAGUUCAAAAACUAGGUAAUAUUUUGGGUGAAUGUGACCGGAAUGUAGUUCAUUUCUGACUGAUGAACAGUUUUCUGACGUCAGUUCAUUUUCAUAGACUGCCAGGUUUUGUUCAAGACUUUGAGGACAACAACCUGCUGAACACACUACAGUAUAUACUGUAGGAGCCUUCUUAUGUUGGGUCGGGUGAUAACUGCAGCAGUUGGCAUCCCAAUGAGUGUGGCCACGGCCACCAUUCAUUGUAGGCUGCAGCUGCAUGAGCGCGCGAGGUGAGUUCACUGACACUGCAUAAACGGGCCUGAUUGUGUUCUUUGUGGAUUUUCUUUUUUUUUUUUUUUUUUUUUGGAAUAGAGUACAUAAUUAUUUGGUGUAGUCCGCCGUUCACCCAAAGUUGGCACCAUCAUUCCCGUGGCCCUUGGAGGAUAAGCGGUUUGGAAAAUGGAUGAUUUACAGAAAAUUAUUUCUAUCAAAUGCUUUAGUUAAACCCCCAUACAGUCACACAAUCAUAAUGAUUUUUUUUCGUCUUGUCAUAGAAGAAUCCAUCCAUCUACCUUUCCAUCCAUUUCCGUACAGCUUAUCCUCACGAGGCUUGUGGGUGUCCUGGACCUAAUCCCAGCUGACCCUGGGCAAGAGCCAGGGUUUGCUCUGAACUGGUUGCCAGCCAGUCACAUGGCGAAUAUAAUUGACGUUAUGAUAAUCAGCCACCGCUGCGAAGAACACAGUUAUCAGUCCUUUCACCAUCAUUCUUGUCAUAUUGUGUUUUUGUUUGUACAUGAAGGACAAAAGUCCCAUAUUUGUGUUAACUGAUUUAAAAAAAAAAGUUAAUGCAUGCAACACAAUUUUCCUCAUGAUUUUGAGAUUGUUAUAUAAAAGAAGCUGCACCUGGCUAGUAGUUCACUUUUGGAAUGGUGAACUGUGAACUACUGUGAAGAUAUAAAAAGAACUUUGCCAAUACUGCUGAACACAUCCCGAAACAUUUGUCAUCAAUUAGAUGUGCCGUUACCCGAGGAUAAUUGUCAUUAUUCACCAAACUCCAAAAGUCCCCGGUAAUAGGAAUAACUUGAGCAUCACCAAGCAGUUCUAGUACUCCUUUAUCCUUGUUGUAACUGUUCCCCUCGAAGAGAUGUUGAAUGAUGGGUCACCUGUGGUAGUACGUAUUAUUUUGUGCAUCCCCUUGUUUUCAAACAUAGUAAUUGGCCUACAUGAUGCGGCUAUCCAUUUUACAAAAAAGCGUUGCGCAAUUCAUAUGCUGACAACAUUGCCACAGGUACAAACCUCCAGCGCCGUUUGUCGUUCUUGCUAGCGCUACCCAAAAAAAGGGUUUUUCUUUGAGAUGGCAAUUCAAACUUGAAUGCCAUUAAUGAAAAGAAAAUUCAGUGCUGCAAUAUAUGCAAAUUACCUUUGUUUUACCUAAAGUGGAUGACUUAUCUUUGCACUGGAUAAGCACUGAGCGCAUUACUGACCUAAUCCCAACCUGUACAG